AUGUCGACAAUCACUAACGAUAUCAAGUUUCCCGAAGGCUUAAGAGUUCUCGUCGUGGAUGACAAUGUCGAUUGCUUGAAACUGUUGUGCAUGGAUCUUCUUGAAUGCAAAUAUAAAGUUACUGCAACAACCGAAGCAACUAAAGCUCUUGAACUAUUGAGGAAGAACAAAGAUGAAUAUGACAUUUUCAUUACUCAAACCAAAUAUAUGAUUGAUUUUGAGUUCUUGAAGAUCACAAUCCUUGAAAUUGGCAUUCCGAUUAUAAUUAUAUCUGAAAACGACGAUAAAGAUAUGGUGUUAAAAGGUGUGAUAAAUGGAGCUCAAGACUACCUUGUAAAGCCUGUUCGCAUAGAGGUUCUUAGAAACAUUUGGCAACAUGUUCUCAGGAAGAAUCCUAAGACUCCCAUGAUAAGAGAAAGGGAAAACAAAAUUGAAGAAAAAGAGUGCACUCCAAAGAGACCUAGGGUCUCCUGGUCGAAACCUUUACAAGACAAAUUUGCCGAUGUUGUUGAUAAACUCGGAUCAAAAGCUGUUCCGAAUAAAAUAUUGGAAAUGAUGAAUGAACCUCAUCUUAAUCGCGGCCACAUUGCUAGUCAUUUACAGAAUUACAAAAAUGGAUUAAAGAAAGGAAAGAUUCCAACUACAAAAACCAUGACAUUUCCCAUAUCUACAAAUAUUCAACAACCAGUGGCAUCUACUUCUGUUAUGACACCAAAUACUUAUAUGUGUAAUAGGUUCAACAUGACAAACAUUCCUUCCGUUCCAAAUAAUGUAGUAUUUUGUACCGGUCCGACCAAUAAUCAAUUUAUUGGACUUCAACCAUAUCUAGCUCCUCCAAAAUCUUUUGGUUUCGCUGAUAUUCCUUUUCAACCGCCUUCAACCAAUGACCAAAACUCAAUUGUAGUAAUGUCUCCGCCUAUAUCAAAUUUAGGUCAAACUAAAGACAAUGGGAUUAAAUUCAAUCCCUCACAAAUGGAUUUGCCAACAACGAUGGUUGAGAAUCCAUUACAUAUGAAAAGUCGUAUUUAUGAUGAAAAUCAAUGGACCAAAAAUGCUCAUAUGAGGUACAUACAAGAAGAGCUAGAAAAGAACAUCGAUGAUAACUCUUUCGAUGAGGAUCUUAUUAGUCUCAUGAUGAAAGAGUUAAGCGAAUCAGACCAUCUAACUUUGUGA